ACCUUUGGAAGCUCCAUAUACAUAUAUACAUACAUAUAUACAUACAUACAUAUAGAUAGGCGCUGGUGAUGAUGAGCGUGGUGAAGUUCACGUGCGCCAUCAUUACCAGGGCACUCUUCGUCUUCGUGUCGCUGGCGGCCGUGUGGAGGGUGACGUGGGUGAAGAAGGGAGACAACAUCUUCUGGCUCCUCACGCUGCUCUUCCUGCCGCUGGUGCUGGAGAUGGUCGUCACGCUGAAGAGGAGGAAGGGACAAGACUACAAAUGGUUUUCUCCACCAAUCUUUCUUUUUCUAAUAAGUAUCAUUCCUUCCAUUUGGAUCCUGGAGCUUCACCACCAACAGGACCAAGCCAGUGACCCCCAGUGCAAGAAGCUGGACUCGUGGGAGAAUGUGAAGGGAGUGAUCACCCUUAACGAGACCAGCAACCUCACGUACCAGAACUACCUGGAGAAUAUCAACCAGGCGUUGUGCUCCAAUGACUGGAUCCUGGCUCUUCAUCAGAUCCUGCUCAUCCUCCUCAUCGUGGGGAAGUGGCUCCUCCCACUGGGGGGCGGGGUCACAAGGGACGAACUCUCUCAGCUGCUUCUGAUCUUUGUUGGCACGGCGGCAGACAUCCUUGAAUUCACGAGUGAGACGCUCUCAGAUGUCAAAGAGAACAGUCCUCAACUGGUGUAUAUCAUCCUAGCCGUGUGGACCUGGAGCAUGUUGCAAUUCCCUCUACAUCUGGCUGUGGUGAACUCCAAAUCAGACUCUGGGGACGAACAGGGAGGUGCGCAGAAGGUCUCCCUCCUGACAAAACACAGCACAGACAUGUGGGGUAUCGUGGAGGCCUUGUUUAUCCAGGACGGGCCCUUCCUGAUGGUCAGACUCACUGUCAUGACCUACUUUGACGUCUUCCACCAGAUGCUGGUGUUCUUCGCUAUCAAGAACUUCCUGGUGGUUAUUUUGAACUUUUACAGACUGGCUGUUAUAUGCCAGGACUUCAGACCUUCCAGGAGCGGCAACGGCAUACAAGGCAGCGCCAUCCCAUAGUGAAACCAGCCUCAGUGAAGGGGGGAAUACCAAAGUUCUCCUUUGUUGGAGUAUAAUGCUCUUGUCCUGUUGUGUUUUGUGUCAGUCAUUUAAUUGUGGAUUAAUUAAUAAUGGAGGAGAAACAUGUUUUUACCACGUGGAAUCAAAGCGAGGCUCAUCUUGUUGUUGUUUACGAUUUGUAAACGCACACAAGCCAUCCUCAGUGGUCUGUCGAUCAACGUUCUCAGACGAUUGGACUGAGUAACUUUAAUGUUGUUAAAGCAAACAACACCAGCAGACAAACAGGAAAGAGGAAGCAAAGCCGGAAAAAAGGGGUGUAUGUCUAGGUCUGGAAAUGUGUGGGCUGGGGGUUGGGGGGGUUUCAAUUCAAAGUUUGUCAGCACAAAAACUAUUUUAAAUGGUCGUGGAUAGAAGUUCCAUUUGCAUUCUGUCUGGAAUAUUGUUCAGCGGCAGUCCGAGAAAGGAAAGGACGUGAAGAGAGCAAAGAAGUCAAAGUGUCUUCAGAGUCUGUGAAGUGCUGAUUGAAUGGGACAUCGAGGGACCGUUUGAACUCAGCCAGGAAGGUGAAACAGACUGAAAAUGCAGCUGUGAGCAAUUAUUUUUUGUUUGAUGGUGAAAUCACACCAUUCAUUUAUGUUUUAAGGAAUUUACUGCGAUGGAAAAUAACACCAUGGCAUUUUUACCUACAACACAAAGGGAAAUUAAUAUUAAUUUACAUAUCUUUGUUGUUUUUUUUAUUAACUAUUUCAUUGUUGCACAUCCGCUUAUCAAGGCAAGUGUUGCUUUUGUCUGUAUGUUAGCCCAGAGAUCAUUAGCUCAGUUUACCUAUGGCAUGUGACGUACUCAUGUUAUUGCACCUGUGUUUACACCAAGACUGCCUGAAACAGUGUCAUUCAUCAUUUUGUUUCAGCACACACUGGGUUUAAUUAUUUUGUUAUGUCCUUGUUUCAUAAAAAAUAUUACAAUUAAAAUAUUUGUUUUACAAAGUCA